AUGUCAGGAAACGAUGCAUGGGAUAUGCAGUCAGCAAUACCCAAGGGUGCAACCCUCCUCGGCACCAUUCUCUCCUUUGACAAGAUGGACAUUACUGCAUUAAUGAGGGAUCAUGUAGCUCAUCUGCUCCUAAUUAGCCUCUCCAACAUCUAUAUGAAUGUACACUUAAAAUCAUCAGCCAACUCUUUUGUUCUCACUACCCUAUUACCAGUCCCCAAGUUCAUUCACAAGAAAAAGCGAAUGAAGGACAUAUUAGAGGAUCACCUUAUACAUCAGUGCCUCAAUAUCGUUCUUGAGCCACUUAAGAAAUAUGCUCAGCAUGGUGUUGUGCUGUCUGAUUCUAUUGGAUGCAGUUGGUAUUGCUUCACUGCUCUUGCAAGCUAUAUUGCUGACACCCCUGAGGCCAUGAUGCUGGCAGCCAUUGGUGGAAAAACAUUGCUGGUAUAA